AGCGUCCAUCCACCCCGUCAGUAGUAGUGGGCUGUCACAGAAAAGUCCAUGCGAGUAGCGGGGAAACUUCACGAAUGUAAAUAUAGACCUAAAAACGGAGUUUACGUCCUCGCGCAUUCUUUCUUUUUUCUCCUUUGAUCCAUGUGAACAUGCCGCGCAAAAAGCCUUUUAGUAACAAACAGAAAAAGAAGCAGCUCCAGGUGAAACGCGAGAAAAAGAGAGGAGAACCAGGUUCAAGUCAUAGUAGCCGAAAUGCCAGUGUGGAGAGAGGACCUGGCAGAGACAGACAAUCGGAUACAUCAGACAGCGAGACGACAGACAUCAGGAGGAUCAACCAUCAGCCUGGUGCCAGAGACGGCAGAUAUGACCCCAACAGAUUCCGUCUGCACUUUGAGAAGGAGAGCAAGGAGGAGGUGGAGAAGAGGAAGAAAAUAGCGAUGAAGAAAAUCCUGAAGCCGGUGGCAGAAAAGGAACUAGAGAUGGAUAUAUACCAGAUCUUCCCCGAAGAGAAAGGCCUGGAUAUCCCACGGCGGCCAUCGUGGCAUUACGAAAUGCGGCGAGAGGAGUUGCUGCGGAAAGAGGAGAAGUCAUUUCUGGAGUAUCUGGACACUCUUCACUCCAAGAACCCACCUGGUAGCCUCAGCCACUUUGAGCACAAUCUCGAGACAUGGAGGCAGCUGUGGAGAGUAUUGGAGAUGUCUGAUGUCAUUCUGCUCAUAGUGGAUAUCAGACACCCAGUGCUGCAGCUUUCUCCUGCUGUGUAUCACUACAUCACUGGUGAGUUAAAGAAGCACAUCAUCCUGGUGCUCAAUAAGGUGGACUUGUGCCCCGCCCCGCUGGUGUUGGCAUGGAAACACUACCUGACUAAACUGUUCCCCCACCUGCACUGUGUCUGCUUCACCUCGCACCCAGGACAACCCUACAGCACCCUUCUACAGAAGAAGAGGGUGAGGAAGAAAGCAGGAUGGAAUCAGGUAGGAGGGCCGUUCCAAAUCAUGAGAGCGUGUCAGGAGAUCACAGCAGGAAGAGUGGAUUUGAACAGCUGGGAGAAGAAGAUCCAGAGGGAUGCUGUUGCUGUGGGAACAGAGGGGGAUCGGGCUGAUGAUGAUGGAUCGGAAUCUGUGCUGAUGGAGCAUCAUACUGAUGUUGCCAUGGAAAUGAACAGCCCCACGCAAGAACUUUAUAAAGAUGGAGUACUAACCUUGGGCUGCAUAGGUUUUCCUAACGUAGGCAAAUCUUCAGUGCUGAACAGUCUGGUUGGCAGGAAGGUAGUGAGUGUGUCUCGAACCCCAGGUCACACGAAAUAUUUCCAAACAUACUACCUCACUCCCACUGUGAAACUGUGCGAUUGUCCUGGGCUUGUCUUCCCUUCCCAAGUGGACAAGCAACUACAGAUCCUGGCUGGUAUAUAUCCAGUGUCCCAGCUGCAAGAGCCUUACAGUUCAGUAGGAUACCUGUGUGAACGGACCGACUUCCUGUCUGUAUUAAAGCUGAAACAUCCCGACCACUGCCCAGAAACGCCACGUGAGGGGGCCACACAGGACUGGACAGCAUGGGACGUGUGUGAAGCCUGGGCUGAUAAGAGAGGUUAUAAGACUGCUAUGGCGGCCCGCAAUGAUGUUUAUCGAGCAGCCAACAGUCUACUGCGUUUGGCAAUCGACGGACGGUUGUGUCUGUGUCUGCGGCCACCUGGAUACUCUCAGAGUAAAGAUGAAUGGGAAUCACACCCAGGCCUGUCCGAGAUCAUCGCUCUACAAGGAAGAAAGGACGAUGAGGAUAGGGGUGACAGGGAAGACGACGACGGUGAAUCCAGCUCAGAGCUGGAAGAGGACAACGAUCGAGACGCAGAUGAUGAUGAAGACGCUUAUGGGGAUGAUGAAGAUGAUACCGUGAAGGCUUGCAAGAAGGGCCUCACUCUCAACAUGUUCAGUGUGUUAAGACAAAAUGAGUGUGAGUGAGGGAUGACAUCUCUCUCCUUCUCAUUCCAUGUUCAUACAUUCCGGUGUCUUUAUGUAUCACUGAUCUCUUUAUGACCAUCUCAUUUCAAUCUGCAAUGUGUCAAUCAAAGAACAUUUAUUUCUCAUUUGACGCUUAUUGCACUCUUAUACAGACCAAGUUAUAGACAAACACAACACAUCCACCAUUCUGCCUGUUUUUGCUGCAGUAUGAGGCUGGUUUUGUGUUCUAUGUCAACCUCUUUGUGCCUCUGUACCUUCUCUGCUUUUCAUUAUCAUCAGAAAAGUAUCAAAAUACUUUUGUACCUCCUGCAUGCAGCCUUUUCCCUUUCUGAAAGGUCUGAGGGAAUGUCUUACAACCAGUGAUUGUACAAUCAGUGUUACUAAACAAGCAUUGAUGAAUACAAUCACUGAUUUAUUAUCAAUCUCACAGCAGUGAUGCCAAAGGUCAGGUGAGGUCAGAAGUCACGUUUUGACCUCAAACUGUGAGUUUCCCCCCAUGUGAAUGUAUUUUAACCUCAACCUCAGUACCGAAAACCUCGGCAUGUAGGGCAAGUAUGAGGAUAAGAAAUAGAGGCACAAGCUGUUGACUUCAGAAGAUUAUUUUGAUAAAAAGAAGUUAUGGACACUCAAAGCACUUUUAAAGCAAAAGGCAGCAACCAGCAGUCUUUUACUGUUGAAAACUUUCAUUUCUGAGCAGAUACACGUUUAUUAUGCGGGUAAUGAAGUGAGGGUGUCAUUUUGGGUUGCAGUAGGAGGGACUUUAUGCCACAAAAUGUUCUAGACUAUGCAAAGUUAAAAGAGGUAUUAGAAAAACCUGAUACACAUUGUACAUGCACACUGACACAAGCUACUCGAAAAGUUUGGGAUCAUGUUCUUUUGGACUAAAAAGUAGAUUAGAGAGUGGGUUGGUUUUGAAGAACUAGAGUUUGUGCACUUUUGCUGUAGGACUCAGGUAAAGGUGAUGAUGUGAUGUUAGACCUUCAUCACAGAUGCGCAGAGAGACCGAUACAAGAGUGCUGGUUUCCUGCUUUUCAGCCUCCAGCCCUGCAUGCCCUUGCUUUGGGACUUCAUGUGGGUGUGAUAGUGUGUGAAUCAUUCUUUCUUUAUUGAAAUGUUAAUUAUACUGACAGAAACAGCCCUCUGCAAUAAAAACGUUCCCCUGAUUCUUUGCUAUCGUUAUGUUUGCAUAAGAGGACACAGCUACUUAUUUCUUUACAUACAGUGACAAUAUAGUGUAAAGAAUAAUGUAGGCGAACAUAAAUUUAUGGUAACAUCUUUAUGUGAAAUGUAUAAAAUUGUGUGUUAGCAUUGUAUAAACUUCACAAAAAAAUAUAAGUCUUUGGAAGGUUUUUUUUAAUUAUUAGAUUUUGGUCUAUUUGACUUUUUAUUAGCCCUUCUUUUUCUCAAAAAUACACUAAGCGUUUAUUUUACUGCACUUUAUCUGUAGAUUUCAAUUACAAAACAUAUCUUUAAAGGCCAUUUUCUCAAACUGAGUUUUUUUCUCAUGCACUGAGCCAGAAAUAGCCACCUUAGUAGCACUUCCAUACACCAAACUCUUGUUUUAUUCCCAUCUAUAUUAUGACGGUUUUUACAGAGGGCUUUGUUCAUAUUAUAUCACCUGCUUGGUUACAUUGUGAAAAAUAAUUACAGGCUGUAAUAAAAAGAGAUAUCAGUUC